AUGGACGUCAAGAAGAAGUACGAGAUCGAGGCGGCCCUCGCGACCGAAGCCCAGGCGAUCUCCUCGGGCCAGCUCAAGGAAGAGAAUCCGCUGGACACGAGCGAGGAUUUCAGGGUCUUCUGUGAAGCAUGCCGGCGGGGCGACUUGAAGGUUUGCCAGGAAAUGAUAUCGACCGGGGUAAACAUCAACGCAAGAGACAGGUUUGAUUACACCCCACUUAUCUUAGCCAGUCUAUGCGGUCACUACGAAGUCAUACGCCUGCUGCUCGAAAACGGUGCACUCUGCGAACGCGACACGUUCCAGGGCGAGAGAUGUCUAUACAAUGCGCUCAACGACCGUAUACGUAACCUACUGCUAUCCUACGACUAUGCGAAAUCCUCGAAUCCCUUACAACCGCUGGCAGCGCAUAUUACUUCGCUCCUCACGCGACCUUCGCCCAAGACGACAGACAUUACCAUCAUAGCCUUCGACCAAGAGUUCCACCUCCACAAAUUCCUCCUCGCCGCACGAUCGCCCUACUUUGCGAAGAAGCUCGAGACAGCGCCGAAUACAGCGUCAUGGAAACUACCCAAUACUAUACCCGCCGAGUCGCUAGGUGUGGCGUUGCAGUAUUUGUACUUCCAGGAAGUCUCAAUACGGAGAGCGUUACAUGGGCUGAGUGACGAGCAGGAGCUGGUUGUGCUAAAAGGCAUAGAUAAGAUUGGCAAGCAGCUGGAGAUAGAACGCCUGUUUGAAGAUAUAACAGAAGUCUCGGAUCGAAGAUUAUUGCGCCAGCGAAGAGCAGAGGAAUUGGAACGCGGCAGAGAUCAGCUAGAGGGCUGGUUCAAGAACAACGUCCUCCGGCAUAAAAGAGUCGUAGACACUGCAAAAGUGGACAGCAUACAAUGGGACCGGGAAAACUCCAUCUUUGCCGAUAUAUUACUGCGCGCCGAUGAUGAUGAUGAUGAGGACCAAGACUCCGAUGGGACAGAUCAGUCACCAGGGCCAUCGGAGUCAUCUACGCCACCUGUGCGAAACGCACCGGGGCCUCUUCUAGGCAUACCAGUCGGAUCGGGUCGCUCACGCUCGAGGUCGCCCUCUCGCCAAAGAGCAUCCCGUAAAUCGACUAUAUUCCCUGCGCAUCGAGCCAUGCUAUUGCGCUCCGAGUACUUCCUGACCAUGUUCAGCUCGCAGUUCAAAGAGGCACAAGAUACGCCGCAUCUGCAGAUUGUAACUAUUGACUGCUCGCCAGCAGUUCUGGAAACCAUCCUUACCUUCAUGUACACCGAGCGCGCCGAUUUUGGUUUGGACAUUGCCAUCGACGUGCUCUUUGCUGCAGACCAGCUCUUUAUCGAGAAGCUCAAGCAGCGCGCCGCCAUCAUCAUCUCUGCGCUAGGCAAUGGCGCAACCUCAGCGGUGGAGUCAGACAACCCACGGGGAGCUACAGAUGCCGAUGAAGCCGUGGAUAUUUACGAAGUCAUCCGAGCCGGGUGGGAUACAAGGGUACAACGCCUAGAAGAAUUUGCUGCGCGGUACAUCGCCUACCGAUUGGAACAAUACAUCGACCAACCCGAAUUUGCUGAGCUGGUCCAAGAAUCUGCGAAUCGCGUCAAGGCACGUCAGGAGACUGACACUGUCGAACUUGUCGAUGAUAUUCGCUACUACCUGUCGGAACGAUUCAGGCUUCGCUUUGAAGACAGCGGGCUAGAUGAGAUGAUGGAUGAGAACGCAGCCAUGCAAGCUAGUAACGAGGGAGAUCUUGUUGAUGCAAUGGGCGAUCUCGCACUAGAAGACGGCGUACCCGACAGUGUACAGCAGGACGAAAAUAUCGCGGCGGUCGAACAGCAGAUUGCUGCUGGUGUCAUCAGGAAUUUGGAUGGCGAGGAGGUUGGUGACGAAUUUGCUCAGGACGCGAUGAAUUAUCAGAUCUUGCUGGGAAAGAUAGACACAUUGCUAGAGAAGCUGAACUUGGAUGCUUAG